CUUGUUGCUCGGCACCACCAACCAUACACGCCCGAAGGUAACCGUGAGUCAAGACGCGUUGGCAAGCUAUGCCCAGCAGCUGUUGUGUCUUAUCAUGGGUGACUUUAGUGAGCGCCAUGGAUCUGUGAGUAAUACUGACACAAAUCUAUCUGUUGGCCCUUAUAGAGAGGACGACAUCAGAGUGCUUUGUCAGAAAGUUGACGAUGGGGAUUUUGGCGAGGAAAUACACUUGCAAACACGAUCUGAAGUGCCGGUGGAUGAGGAUGAUGACGCGGAGGAUUGCCGCCAGGUAAACGGCAGUGUGUUUGACGGGGUUUAUGAGCCGGUUAAGACAAGCGACGUGGACCGUGAUGAUGAUGAUGGUGGUGGCGAUGGUGAUCAGGACACGAUGGCAAACACAUUUCAGAUAGAAAAGAAGCAAGCAUGUCCAGGCCUGGGUCUCCUGUACAGUUUGUUAGCAUCCGCCUUUUUCUCUGUUGCUGCUCUACUGGUGAAGAAAAUUGAGGGCAUUCACGCCAUCGAAAUCAGUGCGAUUCGGUGCUUCUUCCAGAUGCUAUUUGUCAUGCCAGCCAUGAUAUAUUACAAAACUGGGUUUUUGGGACCAAGAGGAAUGCGGAUCUUCCUGUUUCUCAGAGGGUUCCUGGGAUCCAAUGCCAUGAUCUUGUUGUAUUACGCAAUCAUGCAGAUGUCUCUAGCCGAUGCCACAGUUAUAAUGUUCAGCAAUCCAGUUUUCACAGCUUUGCUGGCUUGGAUAUUCCUCAAAGAGAGAUGCACAAUAUGGGAUGUCAUUUUUACUAUAUUUACACUUACCGGCGUCAUACUCAUAGCGAGACCUCCCUUCCUUUUUGGUGGCGAAGUGCCAGGAAUCGAAGGAGACUACACCAAUCACAUCAAAGGCACGGCGGCCGCCUUCACGGGUGCUGUUGGGGCGGCGUGCACAAUGGUGAUCUUGAGAAAAAUAGGGAAAAGCGUUCAUUACUACCUCUCAGUUUGGUACUAUGCAGUCCUGGGACUCAUUGAGUGUGUCAUUGUCUUGUUUAUCUUGGAUGAAUGGACCAUACCAUCCUGUGGAUGGGACCGGUGGACCCUUAUGGCAAUCGGGCUGCUCGGCAUAGCCGGCCAGGCGUUCCUCACCAAAGCCCUGCAGAUUGAGAAAGCAGGGCCAGUUGCACUGAUGAGGACGAUGGAUGUGGUCCUGGCCUUCAUCUUGCAGUUCCUGUUUCUCAACCGCAAACCGACAUGGUGGAGUCUUGGAGGGGCAUUGUGUGUGAUCAGCAGCACUAGUGGGGUGGCCAUAAGGAAGUGGUACACCAGUACAAGACAAAAGAGCUGAUCACAAGUUAUGAUUAUAUUAGAAGAUACUGUAUUUUAUAUGUUUGCUACAGAAAAUUGGUACAUUAUAUACCAAAGAAGCUAUUUUUACUGUUAUAAUUUACAGCAAAUAUGUAUUUUUAUGACAUUUUCUAGUUUUGUAGUUUCUUAAAUUAUUAUUUUUACGUUUACCAAAUGGAGAUUAUUCCAGUCUAGACAAUAAUAGACUGCUGGUCAAGACUUAAGUUCGAUAAGUGUAAAAAUAAAAUAAGGCUCUUUAGGAGUAGUUCAACCAAAAAUACUAAUCAUUUACUCAACACCAUGUCCUUCCCAUAUGAGCCUAUAUGACUUUCUUUCUUCUGUGAGACACCAAAUAAGAUGUUUUGAAGAAUUAACAAAGAUGUUCAUACAGGAAAUCAAACUCAAUCUGCUGAAUAACUGACAAGCAUCAUCCCCCAUCAGACAUAUUUGCAUCAAUCCAAAUGUGUUCACUUUUCCCCGUAGAGCUUCUAAUACCAUGUGGUAUGUGCAAUCUUCGAGACAUGGGUUCUGGUCCCAUGGAAUCCAGGAAGUAGUCAUGUUCACAUUAACAAUGGUGAGUGCGAUUCGGAGGUUUAAUUUUUGCUCUAAAAUUAAGUUUUUACUCCACUGAUGAUUAGGUUUGGGAUUUGGGUUAGGGAGUCAUGCAUUCCAGUUGACUGUAUAGCAUUAUUUACAACUAACAGUACAACUCGUUUUUGGUGCCACCAUGUCGACUUUUCACCUCAACAAUAUUUUCAGCCUCUGGGGGCAGUGUUUUCGAAUGUCAGGAAGAACAGUCCGGUUUCAGCAGCAGUUUUGAUUUACUGUGCCGAAUUCAGUGUGAUCACUCUGGAAUUUCUAAGCCGCUCUUUUCUACACAAUGAAAGUGAAUGCAGAUGGAUGCUGUUGAGCUCCAAAAAGGAUAGAAAAGCACCAUUAAAGUAGUUCUUUUGAAAAAUGUGCCAGGUUUUACAUGCCGAUCCUCAUUGGUUGCUGCAUGCCUUGUAACUAGUCGCUAAAUAUGCUGUACAAAUGAGAUUUGAAAGCUACAGCAGAGAGAUUUUCAUCAAGAAACGACUUACAUGUUGGUCUGUUUAACACAAGCUACAGUAUUGUGUGACUUUCAAUAUAGCUUUGUAAUUUGUGGUGUUCAGCAUCAUCCAUCCACAUUCACUUCCAUUACAUGGAACAGAGCACUCAAGACAUUCUGCCUAACAUCUCCUUUUUUCGUUUCUCAGAAGAAAGGAAGUCAUCCAGGUUUGGUACAACAUGAGAUGACAGAAUGGAUUGAACUAUUCCCUUAAAAACCUCUGCACUUUGUCAUUAGCAAUGUACUUUAACUAGCAUUACUGUUAAAAGCAAGACACAAGGGCAACAGGUUGUCUGAAUAUUUUAGCAUGCUCAAACUGAAGUUAGUUCUGAGUUGUAUGUCCUUAAAACUGAAUAUGCAAUAAGCAAACUGUUCUGAACCUUUAUGAACCUCUGCUUUGAACUCUAUCUUUGUGUACCUUAGACGCACAACUCUACUGCACAAAUAUUAGCUAGAUUAUUUAUUAAUUUAUGGGGCAUUUGCCUUGACAAGAUUAGUCAAUAUGAGAUGCUAUUCCUAUGACCAUCAUUAAUAGCUCUUCUGAAGUUUAGAGACUCCUUCCCUUUACAUUUAUUUAAUUUGAUGAUACAUUUUAUCAUGAUAUUUAAAACUGUUUGUGUAAACUGACCUGGAAGCACUUUACACAGGGGUCCCACUGUCAUGGAAAACCUGGAAAUGUCAGGGCAUUUUUAUAUUAUGAUAUCCAGGCCUGAAAAAGUCAUGAAAAUGACUAAAAUCUUAAAAAGUAAUGGAAAUGUCUAAAGCUAAUAAUUUUCUAGUUUUGCUCUGUUUUAAAGUGUUUCAUUAAUUAGAUAUUGCUCAUAGUGAGCGAUUGUGUAAAUUUAAUCCUGCCCACAAGUCAGCUUGAAACUUCAGUCUCUCUGUUAGAGAUAUUUGUACACUUUUAAAUACAGUAUUAUAGUUUAAAUCUAUUCCAAGUAUUUGAAACUGACAUACAAAUGAAAAUCAGCCUCAGAAAUCUUCAGAGGGACUGGAAAAGUCAUUGAAAUUAAUUGGUCAAAAAGUGGGAACCCUGUUAACACUGACUCAGUUUGUCAAUGUACCUUUAUUAAAGGCACUUACCAAGAAUUGUUUACCGAUACUGCACCUCCAGUUAAUGCUGCCUUAAAACAUUUUAUCUAAUGACAUAUCUGUUAAAAAUCUGUUUAUGUAAGAGCAGAUCCCUCCAUGUUAUUUAUUGUGAUUCAUUUAAAAAAUACCUGCUGUAGAUUUCACCUUGCAUUUUUAUAUGACUUAUU